CUAAUGAGCUGCCAAAUAUUUAUUUCAGCACAAGGUCUGCUGACAGCUCAUGAGUGAAUAUCCAAAAGUGCACUUCAUUUGGCCUUGAUAUUCUUGCCAUAAAAGACAACUGCAAUUUGGGCAACAGCACAGUUGAAGCUCGCCGACAAAGACAUUAAGAUGCUGAAACAUUCAUUGAUCCUGAUUCUGAUCCUUGUGGUUGCAGUCUGUUGCUUUGCCGCCGAAUUGCCAGGAAAUGCAUACUUGCCACCAUUGAGACACUAUCAUCAGCUUCCCGAUGAUAUUCCACCAGCUGUCAAUGGUUUUCCCGUCGACAUGGACCGGGAUUCGUUUGAGAGGUACGCACCCAUCUUUCUGGACUAUCCGGAAGUUCGUCCUUUGCUCAGGGAGCAGCAGGAAUACGCAUUGGAUCUGCCGUUCGAGGAGAAACACCAUUAUCGGAAAACAUCAGGUCUGGAAAAUGCUGCUGCUGCCAAUCGCAAUUGGUAAACAU